AUUUGGUUUCUACCUCUAACCAAUCAUGGUAAUUUGAUAUAUAUCUUUAAUCAGGAGUUCUAGRGUUMCRUACCGGAAAAACUUUGUACCAUUAAAUAGUUAGCAAUAAAAAACAGAGAUUUUUUUAAAAUAAUAAUAAUUGUCAAAGUAUUCUCUUUUCCCACUGAUGAACAAAAACCCCUCUCUGCAACUCCUCUGCAACCCAAAAUCCAGUAAUGGAGACCGCCGUUCUCGUUCUUCUCCUGCUCUCAGCCGCACUCCGGGCGUCGGCCAAUGAAGAGCUGGCGGCGCUGUUGGCCGUUAAGGCGGCGCUGGACCCGGAGAAUCAGUAUCUGUCCUCGUGGGCCGCCGAUGGAGAUCCCUGCGGCGGCUCCUUCGAAGGGAUUGGGUGUAAUGAGAAGGGCGAAGUGGCCAACAUGUCGCUUCAGGGGAAGGGCCUCUCUGGGAAGCUCUCCCCUGCCAUUUCUGGGCUCAAGCACUUGACGGGCCUUUAUUUGCAUUAUAAUUCCUUAACUGGGCAGAUCCCUGCGGAGAUUGCUAACUUGACUCUGCUCUCUGAUUUGUAUUUGAAUGUCAAUAACUUGUCUGGGGAGAUUCCGCCUCAGAUUGGGGACAUGGACAGCUUACAAGUUUUGCAGCUUUGUUAUAAUCAGCUCAGUGGAAGCAUACCAACACAGCUUGCAUCUUUGAAGAAACUUACUGUUCUUGCUCUUCAGUCCAAUCAGUUAACUGGUGCAAUCCCUGCAAGCUUGGGAGGUUUGGCUAUGUUGGUGAGAUUAGACUUGAGUUCCAACCAUCUCUUUGGUUCUGUUCCUUCGAAACUUGCUGAUGCGCCGCUGCUCGAAGCUCUUGAUAUCCGAAACAAUUCACUUUCUGGCAAUGUACCUCCCACUCUGAAGAGAUUGAAUGAAGGGUUCUUGUAUGAGAACAACUUGGGAUUGUGUGGAGUUGGGUUUCCGUCUUUGAAAGAUUGCGCUGGUUCGGGUCACGCAACUCAAAACCGACCUGAACCGUACGGUCCUGGAUCGUCCGGUGUGAUGCCAACACGAGACAUUCCCGAAACUGCAAAUGUUCAGUUGCCUUGCAACCAUACCCGCUGCCCGAGUUUGUCCAAAUCUCAUAAAGCUUCGAUUGUUGGUGUAGUUGUUGUGACUAUUGCACUAUCUGCCAUUGGAGUCUUGACAUUCACACAGUACCGUCGUCGAAAACAGAAGCUUGGGUCAUCAUUCGAGGUGUGCGAUCACCGUCUCAGCACAGAUCAAACCAAAGCAACUUACAGGAGGAACGGAUCUCCUCUCGUCAGCCUCGAGUAUCCCAACGGCUGGGAUCCGUUAGCCGAUGGUCGAGGAUUGAGCAUUUUUGCGCAAGAAGUCUUCCAAAGCUUCAGAUUCAAUUUGGAAGAGGUGGAGACAGCCACCCAAUACUUUUCAGAGGUGAAUCUGUUGGGGAAGAGCAACUUCUCUGCUACAUAUAGAGGGAUUUUGAGGGAUGGCUCAGUUGUAGCUGUUAAGAGCAUUUGCAAAACUAGCUGCAAAUCUGAGGAAGCUGAAUUUUUGAAAGGACUGAACCUCUUAACUUCAUUAAGGCAUGAAAACUUGGUGAGAUUGAGAGGUUUCUGCUGCUCAAGAGGCAGAGGAGAAUGCUUUCUCAUCUAUGAUUUUGUUCCAAAUGGGAACUUGUUGAGAUACCUUGAUGUCAAGGAUGGUGAUCGCCAGGUUCUUGAAUGGUCUACCAGAGUCUCCAUCAUAAGGGGYAUCGCCAAAGGUGUGGCUUAUCUUCACAAGCAUGAAGCAAACAAACCUGCUAUUGUACACCAAAACAUCUCAGCCGAAAAGGUUCUCAUCGACCAGCGAUUCAAUCCGCUGCUCUCGGAUUCUGGCUUACAAAAGCUUCUUACGAACGACAUUGUCUUCUCCGAGCUCAAAGCCAGUGCAGCUCGAGGCUACCUAGCYCCUGAGUACACCACAACAGGUCGGUUCACAGAUAAAAGUGACGUUUAUGCAUUUGGCGUGCUGGUGUUCCAAAUCCUUUCCGGGUACCGAAAGAUCACCAGCGCAUUGCGUGGCGCUGCUGAGUCAUGCCGGGUCCAAGAGCUCGUCGACCCGAAGCUCCAAGAUCGAUACUUCGAAUACGAAGCGGCCAAGCUCUGCAGAAUCGCGCUGCUUUGCACGCACGAGUCGCAGAGCGAGAGGCCGUCGAUGGAAGCCAUUGUUCAGGAGCUUGUGACUUGCAGCAGCUGCCUAUAGGGGAAGGUUGUGCUAUUUUUGGAAGCUGUGAAUGGCUGGCUAACUGCUCACUGAUGUUUCUAACUUUUUUUUUUUUUGGUUCAUUUAGUGAAUAGUUUGUGUAUGGACUACUUCAUAUGUCCUUUUCCUAAGGACUGAACUUUGGCUGUCAUAGUUGUCUGUGUUUUAUUGCAAACAUUUUUUGACUGUGACAGUGGAACUGUCACCCCUAAUUUUCAGAUUUCUGUAAAAGUGGGCUUAUGCUUUGUGGAAGAAGGGGUUUUUUUUAAGGCA